AUGAGGGCUUAUACUUUGGCUGCUAUGCGUGGCGGUUUAAAUUGGAAACCAUUUGCUUCAUUGUCGUUGAAGAGAAAUUUUAGUAAAAGCUUCAUGAAUCUACAGAUGAAUAAUAAUGGUAACAAUAAUUUUGAAUUGACUAGAAUUGUUCCUAAGUUGACCACUUUUUAUUCUGCUAAUCCCCAUCAUGAAGAUUGCAUGAACCAGUUAGAGGCUUUGCAUAGAAAAUAUAUUAAAUAUCCAACAUUAUCACAAUCUCAAGAAGGUUUGGAAAAACCUUCUUGGAUUUCAUUCGAUGAUUAUUCCUUAUUUGGUGGUGGUACUAGACUAAGACCUAUUCAAUAUCAAAACUUAGUUACUGCAUUGAACAGAUUGUAUUCCAUCGAUCCACAAUUAUCAAACGAUGAGAUUAAGAACGAAUUAUCCAAAUAUCAAAAAAAGGUAAAUUUAAACGCAAGUCUAUCAGAUUUGAAAAGUUUAGAUGAAUUCGGUAGAGCUGUUGCAGUUGGUAAGAGAAAGUCUUCCUCUUCAAAAGUUUAUCUAGUAAGAGGUGACGGUGAUAUUAUCGUUAACGGUCGUCCAUUUAAUGACUAUUUCGUAAAAUUAAAGGAUCGAUUAUCGAUUAUGUAUCCGUUGCAAGUAAUUGAUUCUGUUGGUUCCUACAACAUGUUUGUGACCACCUCUGGUGGUGGUUCUACUGGCCAAGCAGAAGCCACUAUGCAUGCAAUUGCAAAAGCUUUAUUAAUAUUCAAUCCACUAUUAAAACCAAGAUUACGUAAAGCAGGUUUGAUGACAAGAGACUAUAGACACGUUGAAAGAAAGAAACCUGGUAAGAAGAAGGCCAGAAAAAUGCCAGCUUGGGUCAAGAGAUAA